AUGCUGAAGCCUCCUCUCUCUGUCUCCCAAGGAGGGUUCUUGUACACUGCCCUGCGACCUUUCCAUUACUUUAUCGAUCAAAACGAAGGAUCAAUUACAAUUCCAUCCCGCAAGAACGGCGCGCCCGCGGUGUGCCUGCCCGCGCUCCCUGCCGGACCCGCCCGCCCCGCGGGGCUCCCUGGCGUCGGCGGCGGGCGCGGGCCGGUGCCGCGGCGGGGCCUGCUGGGGACGCCGAGGCCCGAGAUGGCGGCGCCCGGGCUGCUCCUGCUGCUCCUGCCGCUCCUGCCGCUGCGCGCCCGCGCCGACGAGCACGAGCACACGUACCAAGAUAAAGAGGAAGUUGUUCUAUGGAUGAAUACUGUAGGACCCUACCACAAUCGCCAAGAAACGUACAAAUACUUCUCUCUCCCUUUCUGUGUGGGAUCAAAAAAAAGCAUUGGCCAUUACCAUGAAACCCUAGGGGAAGCACUUCAAGGAGUUGAGCUGGAAUUUAGUGGGCUUGACAUCAAAUUUAAAGAUGAUGUGAUGCAGACCACUUACUGUGAAGUUGACUUGGACAAGGGAAGAAGAGAUGCAUUUGUGUAUGCUAUCAAAAAUCACUAUUGGUACCAGAUGUAUAUUGAUGACUUGCCAAUAUGGGGGAUUGUUGGAGAAGCAGAUGAAAAUGGAGAAGAUUAUUACCUUUGGACUUAUAAAAAACUUGAAAUUGGUUUCAAUGGAAAUAGAAUUGUAGAUGUCAAUCUGACCAGUGAAGGAAAGGUGAAAUUGGUACCAAACACAAAAAUCCAGAUGUCAUAUUCAGUGAAAUGGAAGAAAUCAGAUGUGAAGUUUGAAGACCGUUUUGACAAGUAUCUUGACCCAUCUUUCUUUCAGCACAGAAUUCACUGGUUUUCAAUUUUCAAUUCUUUUAUGAUGGUGAUCUUUCUGGUUGGCCUGGUGUCUAUGAUAUUAAUGAGAACUUUGCGAAAAGAUUAUGCAAGAUACAGCAAGGAGGAAGAAAUGGAUGAUAUGGACAGAGAUCUAGGUGAUGAGUAUGGGUGGAAGCAGGUCCAUGGAGAUGUGUUUAGACCAUCCAGUCAUCCUCUAAUAUUUUCAUCGCUUAUUGGGUCUGGCUGUCAAAUUUUUGCUGUGUCUCUUAUAGUUAUUAUUGUUGCAAUGAUAGAAGAUUUAUACACAGAGAGAGGAUCAAUGCUUAGUACAGCUAUAUUUGUUUAUGCUGCAACAUCACCAGUGAAUGGAUAUUUUGGAGGAAGCCUUUAUGCUAGACAAGGAGGAAGGCGAUGGAUAAAACAGAUGUUCAUCGGAGCCUUCCUUAUUCCAGCAAUGGUGUGUGGAACUGCCUUCUUCAUCAACUUCAUUGCCAUCUAUUACCAUGCUUCAAGAGCUAUACCCUUUGCAACCAUGGUGGCAGUGUGCUGUAUUUGUUUCUUUGUCAUCCUCCCACUGAACCUCGUUGGGACUAUUCUUGGCCGAAAUCUGUCAGGACAGCCUAAUUUCCCAUGUCGUGUCAAUGCAGUGCCUCGUCCUAUACCAGAGAAGAAAUGGUUCAUGGAACCAGCUGUUAUUGUUUGCCUAGGUGGAAUCCUCCCUUUUGGAUCAAUUUUUAUUGAAAUGUAUUUCAUUUUUACUUCAUUCUGGGCUUACAAGAUCUACUAUGUUUAUGGCUUUAUGAUGCUGGUUCUGGUUAUCCUGUGCAUUGUGACAGUUUGUGUGACCAUCGUUUGUACGUAUUUCCUGCUAAACGCAGAGGAUUACAGGUGGCAAUGGACAAGCUUUCUUUCUGCGGCAUCAACUGCGAUUUAUGUUUACAUGUACUCCUUUUACUACUACUUUUUCAAGACAAAGAUGUAUGGCUUGUUUCAAACAUCAUUUUACUUUGGUUAUAUGGCAGUAUUUAGCACAGCUCUGGGAAUAAUGUGUGGAGCUAUUGGUUACAUGGGAACAAGUGCCUUUGUUCGUAAAAUCUACACUAAUGUGAAAAUUGACUAAGGAAAUAAGAAAAUUGAACUAUGGAUCAGCUCCUGUUUUCCUGGGGAUGAAUUUGCACAGCAAAAAGCACGAGAAGAGAUUUGGGUUUUAACACUGGGCACUAUAUGGGUCUCCAUUUUGUGGAUGGCUUAAAGUAACAUCUAUUUCAUUGAUCCUAGGUUCUUACUGACUGCUUUCUCCAACUGUUCACAGCAAAUGCUUGGAUUAUAUGCAGUAGGCAUUACUACAGUAUGUGGCUAAUCUUUCCCCCCCAAAAAACCAACAUCAAAAAACAAAAAACCUAGCUCAUUAAAGAUGAAUAGACUAGCUCUCUUCAGUGAAGAGGACAAACAGUUUGUUUAAAGCAUUUGUUCCAUUCAAUAUAAAGAGGGAAACUUGGCUGCUAAAACUACUUGAUUAGUAGUCUUCCUGGUACUCAACAUUUCUAAAUUAUGUAAAAAUGCUGUUCCAGAAAGAUUACUCUUCUGAUUUUUACUGCCAUUGCCAGGAUAGGAGGUAUGUUUUGUAUUUUCAACUCCAGGUGCUUUUUGGUUUAUUUGCAAUAUCAACUACCCUACACUCAUUUGUUAAAAAAAUAAUUUAAACAUAUAUAAAACUCCCAUAUGCAUGUAAUAUAUCAGCUAUUGCUCUAGUUGGACCAACUUCCCUUUAUUUAUCUUUAAAGUAAUAUCCAGCUACAUCUUAAAUCCAUCCAAAGAAAAUACAGUCUGAAGACGGGAUGUGUUCUCUGCAAUGCAAUUUACUGUACAGUUAGAAAGCAAAAUGUUAAAUGAAGAGGAUUGUUUGUUUUUUAAUAAACACUCUGAGGUCUAGAUUAAAACAAAACCAACAUUUUAACUGAAUGUCUAAAGUGAUUCUCCUUUUCUCCAAGUUAGUCUUGCAUAUUUUUUUUGGGUUUGGGUUGAAUGAAGAUUUUCCUUUAGACAUCAUACAAGGGGUAAUAAGUGUAUAUAACAUUAAAUAAUGUAACUUAGGUGUAGAUCCCAAAUGUAUUUGGAUGUACAGAUUUACUACAGAGUACUUUUUCUGAUGAUUCGGUGUAAAAAUGUGUGAAUUCGGGUGGCUUUUUACAUCUUGCCUGCCAUUGCAUGAAAAGUUGGGGUUUCUUCACAAUGUGUGUAUGUCAUGCUUUUCUGUUCUAUUUCUCAAGCUCUUACAGGAAUUAAAUUUGUAAUUUAGAACAUUUUAAUUUUUGUUAAUCCUAUCUGAACACUUGUAACAUCAAAAGCACAGUUGCUUUAGAGUGUUCAGAAAACUAAAAUAAACUUUUCAGACAAAAUGUUUUGAUUGUGAAAAUAGAUGAGUUUGCAAUGGAGAAUGUUUGAAAAGGCAAUACUGCUGAGCACCAGUUUCUGUAUACAAUGUUAGCGUGGUUUUCAUCUAUCAAUCCCCCUUGCUUUGAAUUCAGAAUUUGCUUACAACUGUAUUGUACAAUACAACUCCAAAGUGAGUGACCAACCCAAAAAGAUUCUUCUUGGCUGUGGCAAAGUGUUUUGUGAUCCAGCCAGUGUACUGGGAAAAGUGGGGUAAGUGUGGACUGAAAUAAAUGGGCAAAUAAAGGUUAAGUCUUUCUAA